CCCCCCGCCCGCCUCUGGUGUCUCUGUGCACAUUUGGGCUCUGGCGGGGAGGAGGGUUCUGAGCUCACAAGGUAUUAAUUCCUCUUUUACUAAGGAGGGGAGCAUGUGGACAGAUAAGGUGCCCAGCUGCCGGCAUGCUUUGCUGAGGCAGUCUUCUGUCUCCAUCCCAGGGCCCGUCACUCCAGCCUGGCUUUCACGCCAGAAUCGGCAGCUCCCGCCCAGAUCUGGGAACUUUGCUCUGAGGAGUAUCUUCUCCCUGGGGAAGGCGUCAGGAACAGAGCAGGUCUUCUCCCCUUGCCCUCCCCCCAAAUACACACCUUCCUUUGACAAGAACUGGAAGAUCAGCAGAGAAAAGGGUGCCAGCUAAUUUCAUUUUAUGCUUGGCCACUCCAAAUCGCUUCCCUGUGUAUUUUUGGAGAUGGGGGAAACGAUGCAAGAGGGACUAGGAGGCAGUAGGCCACUGAGUCCCUCCUGCUCAGAUGAGGCUCCAGGCACCCCUCCAGCACCCCCCCUGCCUUUCCCUGCUGUGAUCGGAGGAGGGCAGCUGGGAUCUGAUGAUGAGGAACAAGAGGACCCCCGAGAUUACUGCCGAGGUGGGUAUUACCCGGUAAAGAUUGGGGACCUGUUCAACGGGCGCUACCAUGUGGUGCGGAAACUCGGCUGGGGGCACUUUUCGACUGUCUGGCUUUGUUGGGACAUUCAGCGGAAGCGUUUUGUGGCCCUCAAAGUGGUGAAGAGCGCUGUGCACUAUACAGAGACAGCCGUGGAUGAGAUAAAGCUGCUGAAAUGUGUGCGAGACUCUGAUCCCUGUGACCCCAAGCGUGAGAACAUUGUCCAGUUGAUUGAUGACUUCAAGAUCUCAGGGAUCAAUGGUGUCCAUGUCUGCAUGGUCCUUGAGGUUUUAGGACACCAAUUAUUGAAAUGGAUCAUCAAGUCCAACUACCAGGGACUUCCUAUACCCUGUGUCAAGAGCAUCCUCCGCCAGGUAUUGCAGGGCCUUGACUACCUCCACACGAAGUGCAAAAUAAUCCACACAGACAUAAAGCCAGAGAACAUCCUGCUGUGUGUAGAUGAGAGUUACGUGCGCCGCCUGGCAGCUGAGGCCACUGUUUGGCAGCAAGCUGGGGGCCCGCCCCCCUCUGGCUCUGCAGUCAGCUCUGCACCCCAGGAGAGCCUGUUGCACGCCCUUCAUGCCUUGUGUGUGUUCUCUGGAGUUCAUGCUUCUGCCACCGAGCACACCCUUGUUUCUAAUGGGAAGCUUUCGAAGAACAAGCGGAAGAAACUGAAGAGGAAGCAGAAACGACAAAGUCAGCUCCUGGCAGAACGGCUCCGGGACCUUCAGCAGCUGGAGGAACUGGCGACCCUGGCAGCAGGAGAUGCCAGCGAGCCCACGGCAGAUCCAGACCUGCCUGGCGGAGCCCCCAUCAUGGUCUCCACAGCUGGGGGGACAGAGCCCUCAGGGGGCUCUCUCGCUUGCAGCCCCCAGAGUCUGACAUCGUCUUCUGGUUUCUACACACACAAUGCCUAUGACAGCUGCAACGGGCACUCUCCACCAGGCACAGCCAGCCGCCAUUUCAGCCCUGACUCUGCAACCUCCGGCUUCUCAGGGUCCCUCUUCUCUGGCUCAGCCAUGUCAGGGGUCUCUAACCAGCGGGAGCGUGGAGGGCUUCUCUCCCCCAGCACUUUUGGUACCUCUGAAUUCCUGGUGAACCCCUUGGAACCUCAAAAUGCAGACAAAAUCAGAGUGAAGAUAGCAGAUCUGGGAAAUGCCUGCUGGGUGCACAAACAUUUCACGGAGGACAUUCAGACUCGCCAAUACCGGGCACUGGAGGUGCUAAUUGGUGCCAUCUACAGCACUCCUGCUGAUAUCUGGAGCACAGCAUGCAUGGCAUUUGAGCUGGCUACUGGCGAUUACCUCUUUGAACCACACUCGGGCGAGGACUAUACCAGGGAUGAAGAUCAUAUUGCCCACAUUGUUGAGUUACUAGGCGAUAUCCCUCCGCACUUUGCUCUUUCCGGGCGCUAUUCGCGCGAGUACUUCAACAGGAGAGGGGAACUGCGCCACAUUAAGAAUCUCAAGCACUGGGGCCUGUACGAGGUCCUGGUGGAGAAAUAUGAGUGGCCCCUCGAGCAAGCAGCCCAGUUCACGGACUUCCUCUUGCCCAUGAUGGAGUACAUCCCAGAAGAACGCACUACAGCCUCCCAGUGCCUGGAGCAUCCGUGGCUCAACUCUUAAGGCCAGGCAGAAGUCCAGACAGACUGGUUGCUUGAAGGAAGCAGUCUUCUCGCCUGCACAAGAUUUCCCUGGCACGGACCUGGUCCCAUCACUGGAGUUGACGGGCAGGGGGGAAGGCUGUCUCCCCCAGCUCCUCCCCUAAGUGGACUGCAUUGCAGGACUGGAGGCAAGAGGCUCUUCUCUCUGGCUGAUCACAGUGGGGAAGGGGGAACUGUAAAGCAGGACUGGAACUCAGGAGCCAGGUUCACUCUGUGGUCAUUUCUGAAGCACAGCCAGAAGAUUCCCACAACCCCUUGCUGACUCUUUUCCUAGAAGUUGCCUUCUUGGGAGGUCUCCAUGGCCACCAUCUCCAUGUACCCUUGACUGAUGCGGUUUGACUUUUAAGAAUUCAUUGUGGUACUUCCUUGCCAGUUUCUUCCCCUGCCCUCUGCUCUCCAUCGUUUCUAACUGGUGGGCAAAGAGAGUGGCUGUGAAGCUCCCAGCGUGUGUGGGUUUGCGAGAGGCUCAAUAUGUGAGCAGAGUAUGAAUGAUGAAAAAGAAGAAGUGCAUGAAUGUUCUAGCAAGAAAGCUGGGAAGGGCAGCUCUUUGUGGGGUGGCAGAGAGAUGCUGCAGGUCCGGCUGGUGCCCCUACCCUGUCCAAAUUUCCAUGCCAAUGAAUUGCAAGAAAAGUGACAAUGAAUGUGUGCAAAGUGACAUGACCGUGGCCUGGAGGUUCAGCCGUGGCACUGUUUGGAGGGAAUGAGAGAAGGUAGCUGGUGCAGGAAGCAGUAGAAAUGUAUAGGCAGUGGGGGUGAAAGAAUUCGUUUUUCUGGCUUGGCUGUUGGCACCUGAUGUCUCUGCACUUCACAGGCAUUUGCAGGCAGGUUUCUGCCAGCAACUUUGUGGUUAAGAGUUGAAUAAAUGGGCCCCUCCUCUACCCCAAGAGUCCUUUGUGAGUCCUUUCCCCUGCUGCCUAGGCAUGGGUCAUGGCCCUUAACAUGCUUUACUUUAGCCAGGCAGGAGUUGCUCACAAAUUUGGUAUUCUAAGAAUCUCAGAAGUUUUUUAAACAAACAAGUUUCUAACCCUUGUCAUUGCUAAGGAAAGAUUUUUGCAAAGGGAAAGUCUCUAAGGGCAGCUUUCAAUAGCUGGGAUUUUUUUGUAUGUUGUGAAGACUCUUCUCCCCCAUUUCUAAUUGUCUUUUAGUCCUAUUUUGCCUCAGUUUCCUUUUUCACUCCAGUUUGAGGUGAAUGGGAAUCAUACUGAAUUUCACCCACUACCCUAGCUGGUGGGAGAAAGCAAGCUAGGGGUGUGUGUGUGUGUGUGUGUGUGUCUUUACCCACCAACUACUCCCCACAAUGCGUAUUUUGGAAUGGCUGACAUUGUUGCUCUCUCAAACUGCUACUACAGCUCCUGCUCUCCCCCCCCCCCCACGUUUCCUGACACUUUUGCUACCUGUGGUCAGUUUUCAUUAUUAUAAGGCAGAGUGUAGCUGCUCCAAAAAGCUUGACACUGUUCCAAGCUACUUUUGUGCCUUUAGGAAGAAGCUUAUCUACUGUUCGUGAUGAAAGAUUGAAUGGUGUGGGAGUGCCCCUGUAGCAUUUUGGGUUCAGAAAAGGAGGAACCACAACCAGAGGAAAGACACAGAACAGGAGGAGGAAAAAGAUGUGUGGAGCUCGGCUUAAACCCAAAGUCCCAAGUUCUGAUGCCUGUCCCAUGGCUAUAGCGCUGGAGCCCAGAGUUGUGGUUGGCUCUUGCAUUCUGCAGCCUCAUACUAUAAACAGGGAGGUGGUGUUGGGGAAGCCUCCUAGGUAUGGCAGACAACUGGUCACAGUGCUGCCCAAGACUGGUGUCUUUAAACCAAAGUUGUGGUGCAAGAGAACUGGGCAUAGGGAGAGGGAAGCAAUAUUGUUGCCUUGCACUGCAGUCUCUGGAACAAGAAACCCUGCCCUAGCAUUAAGGUGUUGCCCAUGUUGGGGAGUGUGUGUGCGUUUGUUUGUGUGUGUGUGUGUUUUGAAGGCCCUUCUACUGUUCCAGGGAUUUGAGUUCAAGACUUUUCAUUAAAACGUUUGCAAUA